GUCGAGAUAGCUUUCAAAACGGCCCCCACGCGUCACCUCAUCUCCACAGAUGCCGCGGCUACGCUGGCCGUAUCGAGAACGAUCGAGGCGAGAACUGACGAAGAAGCCGAGGGAUUAUCGUUGUCCACCAUCAGCAGCGACACAUGGAAACGAACCCAAACCCCGAUCUCGAACUAGUUCACCUCGCAAUCCAGCGACUCCUUGAAGAUAAGAAGAAGAUGAAGGAGGAGCGGAAGCGACAGCCUCAAGCCUCCGGCGAUUUAGUCUUUUCUGAACAUGAGGCCGACGACGACGACGACGACGACCACCUCCUCCUGUCUAAAUUGCUCUCUCAGCAGGUGGAAUCAUUGAAAGCGAGCCGCGCGAUCAAGAAACCUGAGGCGUUGGCCGAUACUGGGGUUGCAGUCGACGACAUCAGGGCGAAGAGCGAUGCUGCGAUCGAGGCAGUUGAACUUGAAGCUGAGGAGGAACACGAGGGUGGCGAAACAGAGGCUACGCCAGAGGAGAUAGUGAGAGAGCUAAGGAAGGUGAAGAGGCAGAACACGGUGACGCACUGGCUUCUCUCGGCCAUGAUCGUGCUCACCGUCGCUUGGCAGAUCUCGGAGGUGUCCCUCAUUAUGAAGGUGAGAGAAGGCCUGAGCCAUCCGCUCAGGUCCUUCGGGGGCGCGAUAACAGAGUUCCUCAAAGGUCCAGCUCCGAAAGGCCAUGACGAUGUGGACAAGGACGCCGACCAGAGGCAGAGCGAGACGAUUGGAAUCCCUCCUCUUAAGAUGCCGGAGUUUCCGCAGUUCGAUGUGCCCAAUCUGACUUCAAACGGUGAAAAUCAUUCCCCCGGAAGUGGUUGAAAUACAGGGUUCUCUGGAAAAUGUUCAGCUUUCUAGGAAGGCACUCCCUUAAUGUUUCUCAUUUGAAGUUGCUGGGCUUCAAUUCAGUUUGAAUUUGAUUAC